AUGCUUCGAGCCUUGGCGCUGAUCGUCGGCGUCGUCGCCGGCCAAAGCUGCAGCCCGACCUCGGUCUUCUCGUGCUACGACCCGGCUACGGCCUGUGGUAGCUGCACGCUGGCGGUGGCCGCGGCGCUGCCCACCUACGCGUCGUACCGCAGCGCCUUUACGACGUGGAACGGCAGCUGCGAGCCCGCGGUGGCCUCGUCGCUCUGCCCGCCUGGCGGUCCAUGCUGUGUCGCUGUCGGCGGCGCGUUCGCGCCAACGUCGCCGUUCCGAGCGCUCUGCGGCCGCAGCACGCCAUCGAUCGCGCGCCUGCCCAUGGCGGUCACGGCGACCGGGACUGUCGUGACGCUGCCGACGCCGCUCGCCGAUAGCAGCAACGUGACGCUUCUCACCGACAUGCGCGAUACAUCGACAGUGUUCGAGUUUGCGCUACCCAGCGGGUCGCUAAGCGUGCGCCCGGCCGACCAGCUGCUCACGUGGCGCAGCGCUGGCGGCGACGACGUCACGGUCAACAUUCCGUCCGGGCUGCUCUCGAAUGCGACGGAUGCCACGACGUGGACCUUCACCAGCACGUUUGCCGGCUUGCAGCUGAGCAUCAACGGCUUCUCGGCGGCCGUGCUGCCGACGACGCUCACUGGGACGAUGACGCUACGACCGCCAGCAAACGGCUCGUGGUGCCUCUACGACGCCUACGCGAGCGCGAGCGCACGUCGGUCGUUGCCGCAGGUCUACUCAGCCCGUGGCUGCGCAUGCUUGCCAACGUUUACGAGCUCGGUCGUCGCGUACACGUACUGCAACCAAACGACGCUGUCGUGUGUGGUCGAAGACGCGUCGGCGUGCGCGUUGCCAGUCGCCAACGACGGCGUCGACGCCUGCAACGUCGUGCACGUCACGCUUUGGUGGCUCCCAGCAGGCAUCUACGGCAGCGUCCUCAACGUUACCGUCUACGACGAUAACGGCGUUUACAUGGGCGCGCUUGCGUCGCCUACGAUCGUUUCGACGCUGCAGUCGUACGCGCAACUCGACGUCGUCGUGCCGUCGCUCAUGCCAGCGUCGGUCGUCGGCCGCAUCGAUAUCGACGUCGGCGGCGUCCGCGUCUGGAACUUUCUCCAAGCCGACGUCACGCUCAACGACGGUCCGGUGCGCCACUUUGCAGUGCCACCCGUCGCGACCGCUGGCGGCUUUGCAGGCUUCGUGUCCAUGCGUCCCCUUCCAACGCGCGAUCUACCCGAUGUCGGCUGCAACCUGGCGUCGCCUGGCGCUUGUGGCUUAUAUAAUGCAAACCGCAACGACUCGGCACGCUGGUACGCGUCGGUUGACGCUGCGUCCGAGACGCCGAUGCUCUCGGUCGUUCCGUCGUCGUACGCGACAUCGACGGGUCGCAACUUGCGAAAUGCGGCGCCAACCGACCAAGAUGUGCCGUGGUCGGUGGUCGUCGCCAACGGCUUCCUCGACUCCAACGGCCGCGUCCAAGUCGCCGUCACCUUUGGCACCGGCCGCAUCGGGUAUAGGGCGUCGGCGUGCGAGAUCGUUGUGGCAACUGCCACGUCGGUCGUCGAUGUCACGGCGUCUGUGAACGGCACCCAGUGGCUCGACUUGCCACCAGGCAAAUAUGUACUCGAGCUCACGAUCUUGUCGUUGUCAACGACGGCCGUGGACGUUGCAUUCGUGCACGACGACGACGACGGGGCCUUGGUCGCCCCACUGCAGCUCCAGGCGCCGCCGGCCGUCGCCUAUCCGCGCGACACGGUGACGACGGCGACCGCGACGGUACCGAUCCCGAUCGUCGAUGCCGUCGCAAAUUUGACAGUCACGCGCAUUCGCUUGGCGUGGAACUCGACGCACGCGGUCGAUGCGUGCGCACUGCCGCAAACUUCGUACGACACCAACUCCGUGGCGACCGAGUGCUCGUGGUCGUCGCUGCCGACGUCGGGCGUCGCCUUGUCGCCGUUGCCGUCCUUCGCUGGCACCGUGCACCUUGAGGUACGUGUCGAGUAUACCGACGGUGCCCAGGCGUACGCGCUGGCCUAUGCAUGGACGGCGCACAUUGGGGCCGCGGACGUCGGGCCGUUGGUCGUCGGGGCGUUUCCAACUGCAAUGUCGACGCCCGGCGACGCGACUUCACUGCAAUUGAGUGUGCAACGGUGGCGUCCGCGCAUGCUCGUGGAGCUCGCGUUGGCGCACGUCAACGGUCAGUGCCCGCUUCGAUCGGUAUCCAUUGGCUUGUUCACGCUGAUGCCGCGCGAGACCACGGAUCGGACGUGCGUCGUCAAGCUCCCGUCGUCCGUGUUCAAAGCUGCGACGGCGACGGUGCCGGCGACGGUGCUGUGGCACGAGACGGCUGCUGGCUGGGUGGUCGCUCGCGUUGAGACCUCUGGCCCCACGACAGUUUACACCCGACCGGCCGAAGCCUAUGUAGCGUCGGCCUCGCCACUUUUGCUUGUGCCGAGUGUUGCCACAUGGACGCCGGGUUUUGAUCCCGCGGCGAUAACGUUGGAGGUGGCCAUCGAUCCCAGCGUCUGCGAGCUGCAUGUGACCAUACCAACGUGCCCUUCCCUGUCGCCGACACGACUGGCGUCCGUCAUGACGAUGACACCGACGAACGAGUGCAUGCUUCAGCUCUCUACACCGGCAUCUGCGGUUGGUCGUGUGUGGUCGACGACGCUGCCGAGAAGCGCGAGGGUCGAGCUGACCGACAUUGGUUGCGGGGGACAGCGCCAUCGUCGGGUUCUGUCGCCGCCUUCAGCCGACAGCCAGCGGCGCCUCGUGUCGACAGCAACGUACGCCACAGCGCCAAGCGGGCGCUUGGCGGGGACGACGGCCAUUGCAUCGGCCGAUGGCACCUGCAUCCUCGAUUUGAUGGCGGUAGCAAAGACGUUGAAUGGAUCGGGUCUGGCGCAGUUUACAUGGCCGUACGGCGCGCUGCUCGACCUCCGCGUUCAGGUGGGCAGCGGGACGACGCAGGUCGUCGACACUUGGACGGGGGCCACCAACGUGACCCUUAUGAGCUCGGUGCCGACGGCGCUCUUUUUUGUCCCCACCGAUGCAUCGCCCGCCACGAUCGACUGGUCCAUUGCACUGGCCAACGGCACGCAGUGGCCACUGGCAGCGGUCGACUGCCGCCCGCUACCGACGGUGCCCGGUCUCGUGCGCCUCAACCGCUCGCGUGUCGCCGUGGGCAGCUCGCUGCUCGUCGCGUCGCUUGUGCCAAGCAACGUCACGGCGUCCAUCGACGUCCUUCAGCUCUUCCUCGGCGCGCCGGUGGCAACCAUUCGACUUGAUGAAUCGGUGGUCGCGGUUGGGCCGCUCUCAUAUCUUUCGUUGUACGACGUACCGCUGGGAUCGGUCUUGACCCUGGACACCAGCAACGCUUCUGUUGCUGUCGAUGCCGUUGCUGCAGUGUUGGCGUCUGGCGUGUUCUGGACGUCGACCGUUGUCGCGCCAUGGGGCAACGGGUCCGAGUGCGCAAGCGACGCCCCAUACAUUGGGGCGCCUCUCAUUGAACCUUCCCUGCCGUGUGCCACCAGAGUGUCUUUGCCUCUGCUGACCCUCCCACCAGUCUCUCUAAACAAGCACGUGACCAUGACCGUCACCCUCGCGCCGUGCUUGAGCGGCCUGGUCGCGCAAUGGUCAACACCCGUAUACGAACCGACGCCGUGCGUUUUUGUUGUGCCCGCAAACCAGUCAACGUCGGUGUCGGUGGUGGUGACGACGGCGACCGCAUCGGUGCUCUCCUUCUCUCUCGCAGCGACAGCUGCCAACGCGUCGGAUGCCUCCACCUCGGUGCGCAAUUGGACUGUCGCGACACCAGCGGCCUGCAGCGACGCCACGGAGGCAAUGCCAGACGAGCUACCCGACUGCCCGACACUCCAGCCGUACGUGGUGACGGCGUCGGUCGUCCAAGGCCAACCAUUCGACGUGGUCGUGCCCUUGCCAGACACGUCGCACACGUGGCAAGCGUCGCAACUCACCAUCUCCAUGUCCCCGUGUGGGGUCCUUCAAAACAUGUCGGCGUCGAUUGCGGCCGAUGCGUCGUCGACGUCAUGUGUCCUAUUUUAUAGCAACGUCCGAGCACCCGUCGUUCUCACGUUGACGCCGGUGGCCAACUGGUUUGGACAACUCAUGCUCUCGGUGCAGUCGACGCAGUCGGUGCUAAAUGGUGCCCUGGCCUCGCCGUUGCAGCUGCACCCGUUGCCAAACAUCCGGCAGCUUGUGCUGGAAAGUGCGCUGCAAAUUGCGUUGACGACGCCCGGAAGCCUCUACGCUCGCACGGCCCUUGGCGCGUGGCAACCGCUUGCCGCGCCGACGUCUUUGCUGCGCAUUUCCUUUGGCAACGGCGUUCUCUGCGGGACUACGUUGAUGGCGCAUCUCUACUGCAGUGCGUGGAACACGACGUCGAUGACGCUCAAUGCGUGGAUGCUGCUGCGUACUGACGCACGGUUUGUGCUCGUGGCCAACGGCACGGUGGCGGUCAUCACGACCGACGCGGCCGUCGUCGGCACGACGGUGACGGGUCUUGGCGCGGCGUCGACUUGGUCUGCCUAUACCGCGUUUCAACAGCCGUCGACGGGCAUUGCAUGGGACGGACACUACGUCUUGAAUGUGAUGUACAACCAGCUCGUGCUCGCUACAACGCCGACGUCCGACCUCGCGGAGUUUGGGUCGGCCAACUACCUUCCAGCGUUCGUCGGACCCACUUUUGAGUGGUCGUCACUGCAGCUGGUCCACGGCACCGCCUAUGUUUUGGACGCUUCGGGGCUCGUCUGGUCCCGACGACUCUCGACGUCGCUCGUCGACUGGACGGUCGUGUCGCCGCGUAGUGCUCGGUGGAGCUUCUUUGCCGUCGCCGGCUCCGGCGAGCUCUGCGGUGGCAGCCACGAUACCCUCAUCACAUGCGGAGCUCUUCGAACGAGCGUGCCGGUGGUGCAGUCGCAGUGCCAGUCGCGGAGUAGCGUCGUGGCCAACUGGGUCUACGGCGCGUCGACGGUCGCGUCGUCGCUGCGCACCGCGGUGCUCUUGAGUCAGGUGUUUCCGAGCGCGUCACCGCUGACGUUUACACUUAGCUAUCGUUUCCAAACGUUGUACGCGAGGCUUGACAUCACAGCGCACGUCGACGGCAACGAGUCGAUGACAACGCUGUUUGCCUCGGAUCCGGCCAACAUGACGCUCAGCGUGUGGACGCCCGUGACGCUGGAUGCGCGGUCCUUGGCCGGCACACCGUUCCGACUCAACAUCACAGCGACGAGCUACGCCGCGAACGACGUUGCGAUCGCCGGGUUUAGCGCCAACUCGGCCACGCCGUUAACCGGCGCGUUGGUUGUCGAUGCGGUGACCGGCGGCGCGGUGACGGUGCUCCACGCGCCGUCCCCGAUGGCCAGUGACGACGGGUUCAUUUUGCAGUACACUGCGACGGCGACGUCAAUGAACGGGACUGGGUCGCCCCGCAGAGUCUACAAUGGUGACGGCAUGAGCGACGUCGGGUGUUUCCAGGCGGCGGGCCUCGGACUCAUUCCGGCGCCAUCGACACAGUUGAUGACCCUUGGUGACUGCGCCCGUCUCUGCGCUAGCUCGGAGCGUCAAGCCAACUUGACCGCUGCAAGUCUACUGCGCAGCGCAGGUCCUAUUCUCUUGCGCUCCAACCUUCUUGGCUGGACGGUCGAGAUGUACUUGUUUCUGUAUGCGCAGACGCCGUCGGCCGUGCUCUUUAUGCUGGACGCAACGAUGGCGUCGGUGGUCUUGGGCCGUACCGUCGUCGUCGUCACGGUCACCGGCAACGCGGUGCGGAUCCCCUACGCCUUUCCACUGCACGAGUGGUUCCAUCUGGCGUUUGUGUACAACGACAACGCGCACUCUGUCCGCUUCUUCGUCAACGGCGUCCCCGCUGCGUCCGCAGUACUGCAAACGACGUGGGCGCCAAGCUCGUCGCCGCGCCUCCAGAUUGGCGCCGAUACGCUUUGGAACACAGCUACCGUGCCGCUUCUGGCCAUGUUGGACAAGGUGCGCGUGUGGGGCCUUCCGCGCUCGGACGCUGCGAUUCGGCGGUUCUGGGACCAGGAUGUUAUUGACGCUGCCAUCGCCGUGCACCUGCGAUUCAACGACCUCGAUAUCGCCACGGACGUCUCGGGCAACAACUACACGUUCAUCGCCUCCAACGUCGAGGCCGUCGCCAGCCGAGCGCCGUCGCGUCGGUUCGGCUUGACCCAAGGAGGUGUGUGUCUGUGCGCACCGCUGCCCUUCGUUGGCCAGCGCCUCGCUGACGGCAUGUGCAACGCGUCCUGCAUGUUCCGACCGUCGACAAGCUGCGGGGGUACGGAUGGCUCGGUGGCGAGCGUCUACGAGGUGGGCCGCUUUGUGCUCUCGGGCCUGGCGCCGUCGACGACGUACCGCAUCGAUGUCUCGUACGCGACGACGUCAGCGUCACGCACCCUUCCAACGACGACGGUCACCACCACGGUUGCAACGGCGCCUGGCCCCGUGAAUCGCCCGUUCCGAGGCCGCGCUCUGGCCCCGGGCAGCCUCGUCGUCAACUGGAAUGCUACUGUCGACACGGGUGGCGCGACGCUCACGGGCUUCAACGUGUACGUGAAUGGCUUCUUCGUGGCGACGGCAGAGGCGACGGCGACCGACAUCGUUGUGCCCAAUCUCCUUCUUUCGACCGAGUACCGUAUCACGGUCGCUGCCGUCAACGCGAUCGGCGUCGGCGCGCCAAGUGCGCCGUUGACGUUGCAGAUGACGUAUGCGCCCGUAUCGCCGACGCCACCGCUGUCGAUGCAACUGCUCAACGCAACGGCCGGUGCACUCCACGUGCGUCUCGGUGGCGUCGUCUUUUGCGGUGGUGGCCCGCUCCAGAGCGCGUACGUGGAGAAGAGAACGGCCCAGUCGGUCCGUGAAGGCGCCGGCUUUGUGUUCGGCGCGAUCGGCGGCACCCCAAAUGCCGCGGGCGACAUUGAUAUUUGGGUGUACGGCCUUCCGAGCAGCGCGACCGUUGUGCUCCACGCUCUCGUCAUCAACGCGUUUGGGUCCGCGAGCGACUAUGGCCCCGUGUUUGCGUUUUCAACAGCCGCCAGCUCGGGGUACCCGGUCUCCCCCGUCCCGAGUGUGACGAGCGUCUCGGGCGGUGCGAUCGGACUGGCGCUCCUGCCGCCACUCGACACCCUCGGCGCAACCGUGGUCGGGUACGAAGUGUUUUUGCGACCGACCACGAGCAGCGCGUGGCUGCGAGCUGCGUCGACGUCGGGGUCGAGCCCACUGGUGACCGUGUACACAGACCCCGCGACCCAGCUGCCGCUGCAGCCGUCAACGACGUACGCGAUCGAGGUCGUCGCAAUCACAGACACGAUGAUGUGCAGCCCACUCUUGGAUCUCUCGGGGUUUGGUCAAACGGUCAACAUUGCUACCAAUGCUGCGGGACUUCCAAACCCACCGAGUGUUGAGGUGCUGGCCAUCGGGUCGAGCUACAUUGCUUUUGCGUGCACGCCGCCCCUCGACAUGCAAGGCGCCACCUUGCUGGAGCUGGUCGGAAACGUCUCGGGGACGCUCGUGCCCGUGCCUCUCGCCGGCAACACGACGUUCAAAGGUCUUGGCGGCAACACAACGUACGACGUCCAGUGCGCGAUGCAGACGUCUCUCAAUCGCACCGCGUGGAGUGCACCGGUCUCGGUCAAAACGAGCUUGGUGCAGCCGCCGGCGCCGGUGCAGCAACUAACGAGCGUCGCGCUGUCACCGAGCCGCGUGCAACUGUCGUGGAGCGCGCCAAAAGACUGGGGCGGUGCGACCCCGACGGGCUAUUACAUCUACCGCAACGCGACGUCCUUGGUGCUGGUAUCGGCCGUCUCGCCCGAAACCACACAGUUUACGUUGGGCUCUCUGCGCUUCAAUACAACGUAUGCGCUGAUCGUCGUGCCGUUGACGACGAGCCAAGCGGGCGACCCGUACGCCGGCCGCAUCUCGGCGACGACCCUUCCGACUGCGCAGGUGGGGGCGCCCCCCGUCCCCGUCGUGGACGUCUUCGGUGCCGACUUUGUCAGGCUUGUACUGACGUCAACGCCGGAAAGUGGCGGCUACGACACCGUGAGCUAUCAAGUCAACGUGACAGCACCGCAGUCGUGCUAUGUACCGACGGCUGCCGAUCCGUGUGCGACGUGCAACGGCUACCGCGCGCUGACGUCAGCGACGGCGACGUCCCCGUGCGAGGCUGUCAAUGGAAUUUGUUAUGCGGGGCAACUGCAGUGCGCGUACAUCCCGCUACCGACGACGGUGUGUACGCUGAGCUCGGUCGCGGUGGCCGCCAACGCAGAAUGCACCGCGACAGGACUCGCUCCGUCGACAACGUACUUCUUUUCGGCGUAUACCCUCAACCCGAUCGGUGCCAGCAUCGCUAGCAUUACGGCGCAGACAACAAGUCCGCCCGUCGCGCCGCCGUCUGUCAUCGCCGUGACCGGUGUGGAUGCCGUGGGGGCGCUUACCUUGCGAUGGACACCGCCACAGUCGCUUGGAGGUAUGCCUCUGCGCAACUACUCGGUGGUUUGCGACAACACUGUGCUGACGCAAAUGUCGACACAUAUGGGGUCUCUGAUGGAGUAUACGUGGUGCCAGCAGCUCGUGGCCAACGCGACGCACACGUGCUACGUGCAAGCGCUCACGGCCCUCGGCGCGUCGCCCGUCGCUGCUUCGACGUUUGUCUUAACGCAAGUGGGGCCGCCGGGUACGCCGACGGCCGUGGUGCUCUUCAGCAACGCCACCUCGGCCAGCGUUCAGCUCACUGCGCCCUGCAACGUCGGGGGUGCCCCAUCGUUCUCGUACGACUGCGCGCUCGUCGACAGCGUGACCAACGCGUCGACACCGGUUCCGUGCACCGACACGACGCCCACGAUCCUCACCUCCUUGUCCGUCAACACCACAUAUGCAUUCGUUUUGCGUACGACGACGGUCUAUGGCUCCAGUGCGUGGGUGACGCUGGCUGUCGCAACCACGUCCGGCAUUCCAUCCGCGCCGGACAUGUCGCUCACCUUGGCCUCGGACCGCCGGCUCGUUCUCUGCAUCAAGGCUCCUGUGCUCCUCGGGGGGUCCAAUUUGGUUGGCUAUCAGCUCGUCGUACGCACGGACACCGACGUCGUGCUUCAGUCGACGCUUCUCAACGACGGCUCGGCCGCCUUUACCGUUCCGGGGUCGUGUCUCCAAGUUACCGUAUCCAACGUCUCGUUCGACACGGCGUAUGCUGCGUCCGCGUCUGCAGUUGGCAUUGGCGGUGUGAGUCCUGCCACGACGGCGACCUACUCGACGCUUCCGCAGCAACCGGGCGUGCUCGCCUGGAACGCGUCGACGAUGGUGACCAACCAAGGGGUGCUGACGCCCGUGAGUCUGGUCCGGUCCGCGGGUGUCACGGGGCCCGUCAAUGUCACGCUCCGCAUCACCAACGACGUCAACAACACGUACAUUUGCGACCCGUCGACAGGGCUGUGUGGACCGCCAAGCCCGUGCAGCCAAGUGUAUCCCGACACCGAUUUAGUCGGGAAUGACAUGACGAACAUGGCGUCGCCGUCCGUCGCCGACUGCUGUGCCAAGUGUCAAGCCUACGCGGGGUGCGUGGCGUAUGCGCUGAACAGUGGCCAGUGCUACCUCAAGUCGUUCGGGCUCAACCCGACGGCCGCCGUCGGUGUUACGGCCGGUAUCAUCACGCCCAACUGUCGAACGUUCUACCCCGGUGUGGAUUUUGUCGACGAGUUCUUGUCGUAUCAGGUGCUCUCGCUGCCCGAGUGCGUAGUAGCCUGCAAGAACGUUCCCAACUGCAUCGGAUUCAGCUAUAUCCUUUCGAUGCAAACAUGCUACUUCAAGAGCGAGCAGAUGCAGAUGCAGAGCAACACCGACUGCAUCUCGGUCGUUGUCGCGCCGAUUUGUCAAGCGUCGCAAACGUUUGCGCUGGCAUUCGAAGACGGCGAGAGCGCCAAGACACUCUAUUUUGCGAUUCCCAACGACGUCAACGCGGCGGCUCCGUACGGUCUCGCACUGGCGCUGAGCACGCCCACCAACGGCGCCUCGCUCGGCGCCCCGAGUGUCUUGACCAUGAACGUGGCACACGACGGCGGUACCCUGCAGUGGGCCAACGCCGGACCCGCGGGACCCAACACGUCGACGACGCUCACACUGACUCGCGUCGGGCAGACGGUGCUACCAGUGACGGCGUCGGUGCUCCUCCAAGCGAGCAACAGCCUCACGAUUAUGUGCGACCCGUCGACGCUGGUGUGCGCUCCGCCCGCGACGCCGUGCAGUCAGCAGUACCCGGGCACCGACUUUGUUGACAACGACCUCACGAGCGCGACGGCGUCGUCGGCCAACGACUGCUGCGCCCAGUGCCAGGCGUACAACGGCUGCGGCGCCUACGCGUUCAACACGGCGACAAAUGCGUGCUACCUCAAAUCCAUGGGGCUCAACACAAUAGCCGUACCGGAAGUGAUUGGCGGCGUCCUCUCGAGUGUCUGCGUCCACGAGAUCGCCGACGUGGAUUCUGAGGGCAGCGACAUUGGCGAGUCGGCCGGUGUGACGCUUGCCCAGUGCCGCGCGCUUUGCAGCUCGAACGCAGAGUGCUUUGGGUUCCGCUACGAGUCGUCAACGUCAAAGUGCUGGCCCAAGUCGCACUUGAACAACCUUGCCGCCGCGCCGGGAGGUGUCUUGGGGCUUGCGCAGCAACCGUGCCAGACGUCCGGAGUCGCCCUCUCGUUUCCAGCUAGUAGCAAUGCGAGCGCUUUGACAUUAAAAGUGCUACCGACAACAACGUACGCUGCACCGUACACGAUCACAACGUCGAUUCAGUCGACGGCCAACGGUGCGACCUGGAAUGCCUCCAAGCCGCUUGACGUUGCGGUGCUCGACAACGGCGUGGCGGGGCAUUUUGCAUUUGCCAACGCACAGCUCACGGCGUUUGUCAAUGUCUCGAGCGUCCAACUGACUGUCCGUCGGCUGUUUGCGACCAACGGCGACGUCGUCGUCACACUGACGUCGUUGCCGUCGAUCUUCGUAGCGCAAGGUCUCUUUAGCGCGACCCUCACGUUUGCUGACGGCGUGACGUCGGCGACAGCGGCCAUGCCACUAAUGAUGCCGCAGACGCCGACGCCGCCGCAAAACGUGACGAUCAACAUUGCUGCGGUGACCAACUAUGGCUGGAUCGUGGCGCCGUCGACCUGCGUCGUCACCGUGUACGACACGCGCCUCACGUGGCCGGAUCCACCGACGCAACUUCAAGCGACAUCGGCCACCGGGAGUACGCUCUACGUUGCAUGGACGCCGCCGGUGUUCAAGGGCGGCGUCGACGUCUUGCCGUCGGCUUUGAGCUACCAAGUGCUUGUGACGGGCCGAAGCACGAUCGUUACGUCGGCAACGUUCGCGGUCAUUUCCAAGCUCUCGCCGCUCACCAGCUACAGUGUCAGUGUUGUCACGGUCAAUGCGUUUGGGCAGAGCGUUGCUUCUGCACCCGUGGCGAUGGCGACAACCGUGCCCACGGAGCCCAGUGCACCGACGAGUGCCGGUGUCUCCUCGGCCGUUGCAACGCAGGCUGUCAUCUCCUGGGCCCCGCCAAGCGAGACGGGUGGCGUGCCUAUUGCGUUCUACCGCGUGUGGCAGCAGCGCGGCGUCGGAGCGUCUAAGAGCCUCGUUGCCCAAGUGGCGGCCACUGCGAGCUUGACAGUGCGCGUGACCAACCUCAUUCCUAGCUCCACACUCGAGCUUUCCAUCACGGCCACCAACAAUGCUGGUCUUGAGGGGGCCCCUGCGCUGUUGACGGUGCUGACGACCGCGCCAACGCCACCCGAUGCCCCAGUACCCCCAAGAGUGGUGUCGACCACGGGCGGGGCCGUCACGUUUGGCUACAACAGCUCGGGCUACGAUGGAGGUGCACCGGCGACGACGUUUCGCAUCAUCUCAGAUUUGGGACUGGCGUGCAACGCGUCGACCGACGCCACGUGCUCCAUCUACGGUCUGUCGCCGACAACAACGUACGCGGCCAUGAUCUUUGUCGAGAAUCAUCUGGGCUCGUGUGCGAAUGGGACGCAGUUUGCUUUUACAACAGCCGUUGCGUCCUCGCCUGCGGGUCAGCUGCCCCCGACGGUUGUCCAAGAAGCGCUGGGUGCACUGACGCUGUCGUGGACACCGCCCGCCGACAACGGCGGUGUGCCCAUCGUCGGCUACACGAUCGACGCGUGUCUUGGUAACGGCACGUGCAACACUGUCUACUCUCAAGUGUCGAACCCGGCGACGACAACCACGUUGACAACACUGAGCCAAAACACGACGUACAGCUUGUCGCUCUUGGCGUACAACACGCAGUCGUUCUGCGCGGGCGCAGCGGCAAGUAUCGGCGCAUUGCUCGUACAUACGACGAUGAAGCGGACGCCACCGGCACCGCCGACGCUCAAGGCCAUCGGGAUCACGGGCGGUGCCAUCAUCCUCGACUGGACGCCGGUCAUUGGGUCUGCCGACAUUUCUGCGUACGCCUUGUACAACGCCGAUAAGGCAACGCUGCUCUAUCAAGGCAACGCGACAAGCUUUGUCAUGUACAACUGCAGUGCACUGAGCUCCUAUACCUUUCAAGCGAGCGCGCUCAACAACAUUGGGUGGAGUGAAUAUGGCCCGAUACUCGUCGUGACGACGACCGCCGUGUCGGUGCCCAGUGCCGCCACGGGUCUACGGGCGGAUGCGACAACGUCUGGCGGCAAGGUAGCACUGUCGUGGAACCCACCGGGAGACACGGGUGGCAUUACGACGCUGUACUAUACCAUUCUUCGCAACGGCUCGCAACUCGCUGCCAACGUGCUGUCAACGACGUAUGUCGACGUGGCCAACAUCACUGCCUCGACCGUCUAUGCGUACACCGUUGGCGUGUCCAACCUCGUGUUUGCAGGGUCGUUCUCGGCACCCGCGACGGUUCGAUCCGCUGCGCGGACGCCGCCAGCACCCGUCGUCGUCCGAAACGUCACAGCCCUUGGUGGUUCCAUCGUCCUUGCGUACGAUCUGCCGACCGACUCGGGGGGCGCCCCCCUGACAUCGAUGUCAGUCGUUGCGUUUCAAUAUUUCGGUGCAUCGACGCCGCGGGUCCUUGUUUGGAAUCAAACCAGCAGCGCAGUGUCGAGGACAACCAUCUCGGGGCUGACGGCACAGACCUUGUACGAUAUAUCGACCGUGGUCACCACCGCUGCCGGGUCAAGUCUGCCCGUCAGCUGUUCGGCCUCGACGUCUGCAGCGACAAUCCCGAGCAGCCCUGCCAGUCCGCUGCUCGCGAGUGCCAACUCAACAGCACUUGUUGUCAACGUCAGCGCGUUGACGAGUGAGUACGACUUUGGGGGGACCCCGCUUGUCGCAUAUCGAGUAUUUGUCAAUGGCUCUUUUGUGGCAACCGUGUCGGCAGCGGCGCCCAACGUGACAGUACUUACAGGUCUCUACGCCUCGACGCUCUAUGCAGUGCAGUUUGCCGCUGUGAACGCCAUCGGAAGCUCUCUCCUCGGGGCUCCUCUUUUGGCGACGACGGCGUCGAUGACAGUUCCCGGUCCCGUCGACACUAUCGUAGUUGUUGCAGCCACGGGAACAACAUUGACCGUAUCGUGGGCCUACCCGCGUGUGACGGGCGGGGCGCGCCUGAGCGACAUGACGUUCAUGGUGGCAUAUAUCGGAGCCAAUGCCUCGAGCGUCGUGACAAGCCAGCGCCCAACCAUCGUGCUCUCGUCGCUUCAGCCGCUCACAACGUACACCAUACGCAUCCAGGUUGCAACGGCAGGAGGCACCAGUGUCAUGGCCAACGCCACUGCAACGACGACCGUCGGCGCUGCCGGCACGGCGUCCAUGAUCGCGAAGAUCACCCACGUCCUGGAGAGCGACGCCUUUGUCACCGUGAUUGCGACACGAAAUGCCACCGGCGUCGCAUCAGUUGUUGGCUACUACACGACGGAUGCAUCGGCGGUCGCCGGGCGCGACUACAUGGCGGCGUCGGGCAACGCCACGUUCACCGCCGACGCCAGCAACGCCAGCAUUACCAUCAAGCUCCGAAACAACUUUGCGUGUCAAACGAGCGAACGCCGCUUCAACAUUACGCUCGUGCAAACAGAUGCGGUCCAAGUGGGUGAAGCCGCCUCGACGGAGAUCGUCAUCAACGAUGACGGCGACGGCGGUAUGGUGGCAUUCCAACAACCGUCGCAGACCGUCGUAACGCUGGCACCAACGACGACACCCGUCGACGUGCCACUGGUGCGCACCCUCGGCAAGUACACGGACGUAAACGUGAGUGUGUUUCUCGUCCAGUCCACGUCGACCGCGCAACUCGGCGUUCAGAUUGCAUCGAUCCCGAUGUUUGUUUCGUUUCCAGUCAACGAUACGACGACCGUCGCGACUGUCUUGCUCCUCAACGACCAAACGUACCACGACCCUCCGCUCAGCUUUACAAUCGGGCUUACCCUCGUCGAUGGCACGAACUCGUGUGCACUUGCUGCGCCAGCGCUAACGACAACGUCGGUGCUGAUGCUCGGUCGAAACGUCGUGUCCCCGCCGGCGCCGCCGACGCAAAUGCAAGUGGUUAGCGCUACCGGCGGCUCUCUGCGCCUGGCUUGGACGCCACCCACGUACACGGGAGGCUACAACCUUUCUGUGACAAGCUACUUGGUGGUGCUGUCUGGGCCAGGCAUCAACACGACGUCUCUGAACACUUCGCUGCCCACUGUCGACUUAAAUGGUCUCGUGGCCAAUGGAAACUACUCGGUUGCGGUGACGUCGGGCACCAACGUCUACGUCGGUGCGCCCAGUGAGACGGUGUACGUCCAGACAACGGCACCAACGCCACCGAGCCGCCCGCGCAACGUCGUCUGUGCGAGUCAAACUGGUGGGAGCGUCACCGUUACAUGGGCACCACCGCUCGACGCUGGUGGGUUGCCCAUCUUGGGCUACAACAUUUUGAACGCGCAGUCGACGAAUUUGUCGUCCCUUGCACAAAUGUACGAUGGCACCUCGUUCACGUGGCGGGGCCUGAUGCAGCUCACCCGGUAUUCGUUGGUGCUUCAAGCCGUCAACAGCUUCAACAUCGUUGGUGACGCGGUGAGCAUCACCUGCACGACGGCGGUGGCAAACGUGCCCGCAACGCCGUUGGCGCCAGUGCUUGUUUCGGCGACGGGCGGUGCGAUAACGGUGACGAUGCCGAGCCCCGUGGACACGGGCGGCUUGCCACUCACACUCUACGUCCUGUAUAUCAACAGCGUCGCACGUCCCAACCUGUUCACGCAAGUCUACAGCGGGUCCUCGCCUAUCACAACCGCGUAUGGCUUUGCAGCGGCCACAGCGUAUGGGUUUCAAUGCAGAGUUGGGAACGCUGCGGGCAUGAGCGCGUCGUCAAGCACAGUCUUCAUCUCGACGCUAGCGGUAACGGCACCGUCGGGACCAUUGGCGAUCGCAGUCGCCGCACCCCCCACGGGGGGCGCCGUCGCACUGCGCUGGGCGCCGCCACUCGACUCGGGUGGCACUCCCAUUACGGGCUACUUUGUGCGGCUCUACAACAUGAUCGAUCUCGUCACGAACGCGCCGACUGUCGUGUAUGAAAAUGACUCGAGCCUCGCGCUUGAGACGACGAUCUAUGGUCUUGCGUCCAACACGACAUACGCCUUCUCGGUUGUGGCAGUGACGCUUCUGAGUCACUGUUUGAACCCGUCGCUGAUCCAAGAAAGCUCUCGCGUCGUCGCGCGCACGGGCGUGUCGACCGUCCCAUCGGCGCCGUUCUCGGUGUCGCUUCUGGCCGCAACGGGCGGCAUGCUCUCGUUGGGCUGGAAGCCGCCGUUGGACAAUGGCGGUACGCCAGUGGCUGUCUACUGGGUCCGCAACUCGACGAACGCCGUCGUGUGCACAACAUCGACCGUCAGCUGCAGCGUCUACGGGCUAUCUUCGCAGACGCUUUUCCGCUUUACCAUUGUGGCAGUCAACAGUGUUGGGCAGUCGCCGCCAAGCAAUACGCUCUCGGCCGCGACCCGCGAAGUCUCGGCGCCAAGUCCGUCGCUCAACGUGUCGGCGAUAUCGGUGGGUGCCGAUGUGCUCUCGUUGACGUGGCUGUCGCCACUCGACUCGGGCGGAGCGUCCAUCGUCGGCUACACCGUGUAUCGCGACGACGCACUCGUUGCAUCUACGGGUCCGACACCGGCGGUCGUCGACCGCAGCGGCCUUUUAGCCAAUACAACCUACCGGUACGCUAUUCAAGCGUUGAACGGCCGACUGCCAGGAGUCAUGUCGUCUGCGCUUCUCGUAACGACGGGCCCCGCCACGGCACCGUCGACGCCGACAUCCAUGACGUCAUCGAUUGGGGGUGGGAGCAUCUCUGUGGCUUGGGGCGCGCCGACGUCGACCGGCGGUGUCGCCGACAUGACUACCGUGUGUCAGCUGUACUCCAACGAGACCGUGCUCCUUCAGCAACUGGUGGCGCAGCGUCCGCCGUGCCCCUUUGGGGCACUGGACCAGCGCACUGCGUACGAGAUCGUCAUUUUCAACAACAACACGGUCGGCGCCAGUGCGAUCACGAGCCUCAAUGUGAUGACCAGCAGCGCGACACUACCGCAAGCACCACCAACACCGAUCAUUCUCGACCACUCGGGCAGCGUAGCGACGCUGCAGGCAGUGGCACCUCGACAAACUGGCGGUCUCCCGAUUCUCGUGAUGAAGAUCUACGAAGAUGGGCAACUGCUCGGGAGCACCACCGCCGCGACGUUACUCCAGUGGACGUUGGUCAACCUCGUAGCAGACACGGCGUACGCGUUCCAGACGACGGCCGUCACGGGUGUCGGGGAGAGUCCGCUGAGCGCUCCCUUGCACUUUACAACUGGCCCCGUCGUCGCGCCUUCUGAACCACGCAACGUGUUGGUGGUCGACGUGAAUACGACGAGCUUUGCGCUCAGCUGGCUACUGCCGCGCAACUCGGGCGGGCGGCUGCAGGAGCUGCAGUACAAUGUAGUCGUCUUUGAGAUGGUCAACGAUACACAAGUCGGUGUUGCUGUCGCUACGAGCACAGGGACGAGUGUCACCAUCGGGAACCUACAAGACGCUACGACGUAUGAGGUGACGCUUCAAGCUUCCAAUAGCGCUGGUACAAGUGCGACGACCGCGCCGCUCAGUGUGACCACCGUGCCGCUCGCCAAGGGUGUGGGUGGCUGGGCGAUCACCACCAUGUCGGUGCUCUCGUCAGUAGGUACAUUUAGUUUGCCUCUGGUGCGCACCAACGGGUCUUCGGACGCGCUUGUGCUCUCGGUCACGUGCGUCGGUGUCGGCAUCACACCGUCGUGCCCGGCGCAGGUGACGCUGGCCAACUUGGUGACGUCGGCGUCGGUUCCGAUUACGAUUCCAGCCAGUAGCGUCUAUGUGCCGAGCCAAUCCAUUACAGUGACGCUGAGUGGCGACGGCGAUAAGAACGGUGUCGACCCGUUGGCCACCACGGUAACGGUCGCCGUGGACUGUGAAAUCAACGCCGGCGUCUUUUCGUUUGCCUCUGCGACGCAACUGGUUCGCGAAGAUGCCGGCAUCGUGUCGGUUCCCAUUCUUCGCCGCCUCGGAGUGUCGACAGCGGUUGUCUGGACCCCGUUGGACGUCUCUGCAAGUGUCGACGGGACGUCGUUGGCGGGCCUCGAGUAUCAGAUUCUGCCCAAUCAACGCAUCGCCUUUGCCGACGGCGCAACAACGGCAUCGCUGUCGGUCUCGAUCGUCAACAACCAGCGUCCUUUCUUUCCCCGACGGUUUUUCUGCAUCGGACUCCAAAAAGUCUCUGGUGGCGGCUACGUGAACGCCACGGGCAACGCGACGACAUGCGUCACGAUCUUCAACGACUGGACACCAAUGGUGCCAAGCGCCGUGUCGGUCGCGUCCGUUAGCUACCAAGCCACCGGCGGCCUUUUGAACCUUACGUGGGCGUCGCCGGUCUACCUUGGCGGUAUUGGUGUUACCGUGUCUCGGUAUACCCUGCGCGUCGUAUCGGCAUCGGGACUGCACUCUGUGCUGACGACACCGACGAACGCGACAACGGCACUCGUCGGCAACCUCACCGAGCUCACAGCGUAUACCGUGGGCAUUGCUGCUGUCAACGUUGUCGGCGUCGGGCCCGAAGCCAAUGCGACGGCGUUGACCAGUUCGAGGUCCCUGCCAGGCCCCGUGGUGCAAAUCAACCAAACCGCUGCCAGCGGCGGGUACGCCCAGUUGCAAAUUUCAAUACCGCUCGACACAGGUGGUGUCCCAAUCACCAACUUUACCGUGUUUCUCUACAGUCCGAGCCGGAAUGCGUUUAUCGCGCAAGACACGCGAGCCUCGCCCUCGUACAUUGCGUACUUGCCUCAGUUUCAAAGCACCUACGUCGUUCAAAUUCAGGUGGCCAACGCGGUGGGCUACAGCAACCUCAGGAGUAAUUUUUCCGUCUUCACAUCGGCAGCCACGUUGCCCGGUGCGCCACGGCUUGUGACGUCGCCAGUGCAAACGGGCGGUGCCAUCACCCUGCGCUGGCUGCCACCGCUCGACACUGGGGGCGUCAGCAUUACGGGCUACAACGUCUACAUGGCCUCGGACACGGGACUGGCGCUGUAUACAACGACGACUGCAGCGACCGCGGUCAUCGCGCCGCUUAGCCAGCUCACGACCUAUCAGUUUGUCGUCGUGGCCCGCAACACACUCGGUGAUGUUGUGCUGCCCGCGGUGGGGUCGAUCGCGAUGGGCACGGACGCCAUUUCGACCAAUGCGAGCACGCUCCAGUUGCUACCGGUUUAUACGAUCGAGAUGGCCGGCGGUUUGUGGCAACCGUCGCCGGUGCAAGCACGAGCCAAUACGAUUCAGCUAUCAUCCGUGUACUCGGGACCAUCGCUCAACGCACAGAGAAUGGUGGCGCGUGGCACAGCGUCGGGGCUCUUUACCGUGGGAACGACGGUGGCAACGUUACCAGGGCCACCGCCAGCGCCAUUGCGACUCGACUAUGCAUCGGGCAGCGUCGUUCAGCUGCAAUUGCUCUCGCCGAGCGACACGGGGGGUCUGCCCGUAACAGGCUAUCGCAUCUUUGUCAACAGCACGGAAGUGUCGGGUUUCAGCAUCGUCUCGACGACAGUGUCUCGAUCGUCGUCGCUGCAGAUUGACCAGAUCGCGCUUGUUCCGGGCUUUACGCCGUCGACAAUCUACAGCGUCUCGGUUGUCGCCAUGACGCUCAAGUCGUCGUGCGAGGCGCUGAGUCUCGGCGUUGUUGGCGCAGCGACUCUGCUGCAAGCCAACACAUCGACUCUGCCGCAGCCAGUGCUUUUGUUCACGAGCCCGCAAAGUACCGGCGGGGCGAUCUACCUCGCGUGGUCGCCACCGAUCGAUCGGGGCGUCGGCCUGGAUGUGCCGCUCACGUACACCCUGUCGAUGGCGCCGUCGCUAACGCCUGUGUGGGCUGUUGUGGGCAACACCACGGGCACAACGUACUGGGUGCUCAACCUGCAGCCGGAAACGACGUAUCUCUUCCAAAUCGCCGUCGCGUCGCCCGUUGGCACGUCACAGAACGUCACGCAGGCGACGUUCGUCACGGCGGGGCUUUCGGCGCCGGGGCCCUGCGAUCCACCCGUGUUGCUCAACCACACGGGCGGGUCGCUCACUGUGGGCUGGUCGCCCCCAGUGGACAACGGCGGCCGUCCCGUCAUCAGCUACGUGAUUCAAGUGCAAGGUAUGACGGCAACGACGACGACAAGUGCACUGUUUGCAACGAUCACGGGGCUCUUGGCGCAAACGACGUACAGCGUCCGCGUCAGUGCGAUCAAUAUCAUGGGCACCGGGGCCGCCAGCGUCUACGCGAGCUUCAUGACGGGCAACCCGUCGCCAGCGGCCGCUCCAUCGAGCCCCAUCGUUGUCGGACAGUCGGGCGGCGCGGUCGUCUUGGCCUUCACACCGCCAGACGAUACGGGCGGCGUUGCGCUCGCCAACAUCUUUUACGCCGUGUACGCCAACAACGUGCUGGUCGCCAACAUUUCCCACGCCGAAUACGUAGCCGCGCUUGCUGCGCCGACGACGACACCCAGUGCGUCGAGCCGCCGCCGCCGCCUCGCGGGAUCCGCAGGCGGAGUCACGGUUGGCAAUCUCAAUCCGUCGACAAGCUACGUUUUUCAAGUGGUGACAGUGUCGAGCGCCGGCGGGUCUAGCCCGGGGUCAAGUCCUCAAUCGGGGGCGACGUCGCCCCCCACCGCCCCCGGUACGCCGUCCGCACCAACCAUUGCGGCUGUCACGGGGGGGACUAUUGAUUUUCGGUGGAUUGCGGUUGUCGACACGGGGGGUAGUUCCAUCACAAGCUACGUUCUUCGCGUCGUCAAUACCGAUACGUUUGCGUCUUACUCGUGCACGGGGCUCAUUUUCCGCUGCGUCAUCGGCGGUCUUGACGGACUCUCGAGCUACACUGCGACGGUUCAAGCCACCAACAGCAUCGGACCUUCGGCGCUGAGUGCGUCGACGCUGGUGAGUACGUCGGGAACAACACCGCCCUCGGUACCACAGCAACUGUCGCUUGUGAGUGGGACAACCGACACGCUCGUGCUCUCGUGGUUACCGCCGGUCGACACGGGCGGGUUCGCCAUCACUGGCUACACCGUCUCGGUUGCUGCCAGCGGCACCUUUGUGACGACGCUUUCAGUCGCAGCACCGACAGAUACGACCAGUAGCGUGACAGCCACGAUCUCGGGGCUGGCGUCGGCAACCGCGUACGCUGUUACUGUGCAAGCCAUAAACUUUGUCGUCGCCGGUGACACGACCGACGAGCUCGUCGUUGAGACCGUCGCGCUCCCAAACAUGCCAGUGGCGCCCACUGUCUUGUGUGUCGCACGCUCGUCGGUAUCUUUGGUAUGGACUGCGCAAGCUGCUGCGUAUGCUUUGCAGCGAAGCGAUGGGGCCGUCUUCCGGGACCUCAGGACGCAGUCGUUUGUCGAUUCUGCCGUAGCCAUCGGCGCGACGUACACGUACGCGCUGCAGGUGCUGCAAGCGGACGGUGUCACGUGGAGUCGGUGGAGCUUUCCAGUGUCCGUGACAACUUUGCCGUCGCCGUCGUUGUACAGCAGUUGCGUGCUCUCGUCGACGCCGAUCGUGCAGAGCAGGUACGACAACAACGCGCAUGUCACCUGGCAGCUCGCACGGCCCCUCGGCCUCAACCAGCACACCGUGCUCGACUUUUCGCUCUUCUCACUCGAGUGCAAUCACGAUGUUGUGGUCGUCACCGAGCUCGAUUCGCUCAACCAGCCGACGACGCUGUGGCGCGGCGGGUGCCCACGGACCGGCGGUCUCACGCUCGUCUCGUCGCAAGCCAACACGGCGCUUCAGAUCGCGCUCACUUCGGAUGCAACGGUCACGCGCGCCGGGCUCACGUUCACGUCGCGCGCUGUCAACAUGUCGACGACCGUCGUUGCCAGCCGGGUGGCGUGUCCGUCGGUCGGCAACGUCGCGUGCGCUGGCAACGGUCUUUGCGCGGGCGCGUCGGGCAACUGUGUGUGCAGUAUUGGUUUUACGGGCGAAGACUGCAGCCAGCGUAUUUUUUGCGACGCCACGGUGGCCUCGACGCGGUGUCCAACGCUCAUGGGCCUCGCGGGUGAAGUCAUUGCUGUGGACCCCGCACAAGGCGACGAUACCCGCGGCACUGGCGAAAUCAUGGGCGUGACGGCGUCGGGCACGGCGAGCAAAGCCGUCCGGUCCAUCCAACAAGCGUUGCGACUCUUCUCGGUCGACGCGACGGUGCCAAAGACGCUGCUGUUGUACCCUGGCACGUACACGUCGCAGUCCAACUGCAUGUGGGCGCUCUCCAACCGGAACCUCACCGUGCGGGGGCUCUUUGGCGCUGCAUUCACCGUCAUCUCAUGUGCUACAGGCAGUGCGUGGCAGCUGCAAGGCGGCGAGCUCACGAUUCACGGCGUUGGGCUCCAGGGCAGUCAAUUGAGUAUGGCGCAAGGCACCCUUCAAGUCCGAUCGUGCUCUCUCAGUGGCGGCGCCAAUGCCAACGGCGGCUGCAUCUACGUCGACCACAGCACGUUAAUGCUUCAGCAGUCGAACGUGACGGGCUGCCGCGCCCAGCGUGGCGGAGGCAUCUAUGCAAUUCAGAGUACCUUGCGCAUCACCGACGCGCUCAUCUAUGGCAAUACGGCGACGGGAGAUGGCGGCGGUCUGUACCUCAGUAGCACGUCAACGGUCACCGGCACCAACGCUGUCGUGCACACCAACACGGCGUCAAACUACGGAGGCGGCAUCGCCAUCGUCGGCACCGCAACGCUCCAAGGCACGACGGCCGCAGGCAUCCACCUUCGAGGCAACACUGCGCAGACAGGCGGCGGUGUCAGUGUUGCAGGCGUUGGUCUCACCAGCACCAACCUGCUGGUUGAUGCCAACCGCGGACUUGGCAACGGUGGCGGUGUCGCUGUCCAAACGAAUGCAUUCGUGACCGACACGGCGUCACUUCUUGCGUCCAAUGGCGCCAACGGCUUUGGUGGCGGCAUCUACUCGGAGUCGAGUGGAACACUCUCGUUUACGGGGACUGUGGUUGAAAGCAGCUCGGCAGGACUUGGCGGCGGGGGCGUCGCGCUCAGCGGCAGCACGGGCGUACUGCGAGGUCUCCUCAUCACCCAAUGCUCCAGUCAGAGGCUCGGUGGCGGACUGCACGCAGUGAACUCCGCCUUUGCAUUGCAGUCUGUGCUCCUCGACAGCAACACGGCGGCCACGAAUGGUGGAGGUAUCGCGUUACAAGCCUCGACGUGCACAGCUCAGAGCGUCACCACGAGCAACAACGUGGCCCAAGGCAACGGCGGCGGUGUCGCGCUCGUCGACAGCCGCGCGACGGGGUCGCUUUCCGUCACACUCGACUCGGCCGUCGGUGUUGGCGGAGGCGUGUAUUUGAAUGGCGCAUCAUCGCUCGUGUCGACGCUCGUUCGCAGCUGCUCGGCGUCCCAAGGGGGUGGUAUCUUUGCCACGGCCAGCAGUGCAACUACUCUCCAGGCGCUCAACGGCGUCGUCGUGUCGCAGUGCUCGGCCGCAAGUCGCGGUGGCGGUCUCGCAUUGGCUACCGUAUUCGUUCAAAUGACGGACGUUUCAAUCGUCGACAACUCGGCGCCAACGGGUGGCGGUAUCGAUGUGUCAAGUGCGACGCUGACGGUCAUGUCGACCACCACCCCGAGCUCCGUCGCCAGGAACCGCGCCACCCGCGGCGGUGGCGUCAGCUGCAGCGGCACCUCGUUUGUCAACAACCUCGCCGUCGCAAGCAACACAGCAACGACGAUGGGGGGCGGUAUGUUCCUGCAAGGCACGACAAGUCUCCUCAACGUUCGCGUCGAUACGUGCUCGUCACUGGGCACCGGCGGCGGCCUUGCACUCUCCGGUGCGAUCGUCUACCACACAACGUCCUCCGUUCGGAGCUGCGUCGCGGCCAAGGGCGGCGGUCUCUACCUCGAGAGCUCUACGCUAACUCGGCAAAGCGCGUCGGCAUCGACCAAACUCGUGAUCGAUGCCAACACGGCGACAGUCGAAGGCGGGAACGCGUACGUCGGGGGGCCGAGCCAGCUCAUGUAUGUUGCCUUCUCAGCGGGGCAAGCGCCCUUAGGCGGCAGCAUCUCUUCUGUCGGUACCUCGGGCUCCUUGGCCCAGUGCACGAUUGCAACGUCGACAGCGACGACUGGCGGCGGUGGCCUCCGUCUUCUUGACGGCACCUGGCAAAUGGUCGACACCACUGUGUCGGGCAACGCGGCCAACCAAGGCGGCGGCCUGCAUCUCAACAACUCGGUGCUCACCCACAGCAAUCUCAUUGUCUCGGCCAACCAAGCGGUCGACGUCGGCGGCGGCGUCGCCCUCUUUGGCGCCAGUCGCAUCGUCGGCAACGGCGCCGUGUCGCAGGUGACGGCCAACACCAUCCAAGGCCUCGGCGGUGCCAAUGUCUAUUGCGGCGGUGCUGCCAACGUCGCUUUGAGUGCGUUGCAGAUCACAAACGCCCGCGCCAACCAAGGCGCGGGGAUCUUUGUCGCUGCCGCGGCCGUCGUCGCGUUGAACAGCUGCGAUUUGAAUGGCAACACGGCGGAUACGGCGGGUGGUGCCAUCUACGGCGCAGCUCCGCUGCAAAUUACCCUCACCAACUGCCAAGUGACGCGCAACACGGCGGUGCAAGGUGCCGCUGUGUUCCUUGGCGCCGGUCGUCUCGACGUUGUGUCGUCCGAGGUGUCGCAAAACGUUGGUACAUCCGGGGGCGCCCUCUACCUCCAGGCCAGUACCCUCUCGGUAACGAGCUCGACAAUGCUCUCCAAUCACGUUUCUGCGGGCGACGGCGGCGCCAUCACCGCGCUGGCCUCGUCGCAGCUCACGCUGCGUUCCUCGAGUUUUGCUUGCAACGCAGCGACCGACGGCGGCACACUCAGCAUCUCGUCCCAGUCGUCGGGGAUUGCGUCCGGUUGCACAUUUUCGGGCACCGGCAUCGGCGUCGAUGGUGUCUCGUGCGUCAACAGCGACACCAACCGCGGGGGUCUUGUUUACAUCAUCGGCCAGUCGUCCAUGACUUUGGACUCGGGGUCGCGGCUGAUGUACGCGAGCGCUACGUACGGUGGCGCGGUGUUUGUCUCGCAAGCCGUCGUGUCCAUUUUGGCGAGCUCGGUGGCUAAUAACACGGCGCUCCAAUUUGGUGGUGCCGUGUAUUUGGCCCAGGCGAACCUGACGCUGACCAACUCGGACGUGGGUUACUGCAGCGCUAUCUACGACGGCGGUGCGGUCUACGUCACGGGCAAGUCGAUGGCGACAGUUGCGACGACGACGGUGCACGACAACACGGUCACGAACGACGGCGGGGCGUUCCUUGUCGACAUUGGCAGCAACCAACUCAAACUCACCAACUCGAUUCUUCGCAACAACAAGGCGCUGCACUACGGCGGCGGGGUCGCUGCCGGGCGCGACUCGGUCAACGAGUACGUCGGAACAAGCUUUGCCAGCAACGCGGCGGCGCUCGGUGGUGCCGUGUAUGUGACCGACACGACCUGUCGCGCCACCGGGUGCGCAUUUACCCAAAACCAAGCGGACGAAGGCGGCGGCGUCGCUGUCGAUCGAAGUGGCAUCGUGUUUGCAACGGCAUCCACGUUCCAGAGCAACGACGCGGCGACCGACGGCGGCGGUCUCCUGCUCCUGCUCAAAGCCACGGCUUUCGUGACCAGCUGUGCAUUUGCCGAGAAUUCGGGUGGCAUGGGUGGUGCAAUCGCCGCUGGGUCCUUGGCGUCGUUGACAACAACCAACACGACGUUCUACGCCAACCGCGCGUCGGGCCUCGGCGGAGCGCUGGCAGUCGUCGGCCUGGCAACCGUUCAAAUGUCGGGGGCGAAUCUGACGAGCAACCGCGCGACGGACGGCGCCGGCAUUGGGCUCACAACGUCGGCGUUGGUCAACGUCAGCGACAGCACCCUGCGUGACAACGUAGCGCGAUUCCGCGGCGGUGGGAUUUAUCUGACAGUUGCGUCCGCCAAGCAGCUGGCGCGCCUCCGUAUCGAAAACAACCAAGCGCUCAGCGGCGGCGGCGUCUUUUGGUUCGUCGGCACGCCCGUCUACGCAUGCGACGACUGCCAAAUUGGCGGCAAUACAAAGUACGACGUCGCCACCGACUCGAGUCAGUUCGACGUCCUCUGGUGGCCAUCCAAUGCGUCCAGCGCGCUGAGUUUGACUCAAGUGCCCGACACGGUGACCAUCACCGUACCGGCCAAUCUAACUGCGGCCUCGCCUUCCGACGUGUGGCCGCGGCUCGAAGUCCAAGACUUUUACGGGCAGCGGUCGCUCACCGAGAAUAGCACCUACUGCUUUGUGACAGCGGUCAACGUCUCGGAUAAUCUUGUGACGUUCGACCCGGCGUACCGGGUCAACGCGGCCUCGGGCGUUGCGUGGUUUCCGGGGGCGACGGUCGUUGCCGACGCACGCAACGCCUCGUACCAGCUCCAAGCGUCCUGCGUCCUUCCGUCGUCGAGCACGGUCCUCUCGCGCCCCAUCAGUAUGAUCGUUCUCCCGUGCCCCGCUGGCUACAGCCUGGCCGGCGACAAGCGCUGCAACCGAUGCAGCAACAACCAAUACAGUCUCGACGGCGUCAACUGCUACGACUGUCCGACGGGGGCGAGCUGCACGCAGUACGUCGGGACACCCGUGACGACGAGCGCGCUCACGUACGGUGUCGCCGUGCCGCGGACGCAGAGUGACUUUAUGGCGUACCGGGCGCCAGCGACGACGCAGUCGGACUGCAACCCGUACAACUGGGAAGCCGCCGAUCCGUGCCUGCCGUUUGCAGUAAGCGCGGCUGGCGGCGCGCUCACGUCGCGCAUCACGAUCGACGUCGCGUCGGUCAUCAACGAGUGCAUUCAGUACGGCAACGCCGCGCUCAUGAGCAAGUACUGGCCGACCGACCGGCGGUUUGCGUGCCAGACCAACAUGGCGUUCUAUGCGUGCGACAUCAUUGGCGCGUGCCCCCAAGACAUUUAUAUCGACACAAUCACAUACAACGCGUCGGCGAUUCCUUGUGAAGCCGGGUACCAGGAGAUCAUGUGCUCCGUGUGCAGAGAUGGCUAUAAGCGUGCGACCAACGGGUCCUGUCAGCCGUGCGCCGAGGUCAAUGCACAGAUUCGGCGCGAAGUGUCGUGGACCAACUUUGUCUUGCCGGUUCUGGCGCUGCUACUCUUAUUGCUCAUCGCCGUCUGGCUUCGCAUCUCGCUCAAGGACCGCACGGAGAUCCCGCUCUUGGACAAGGCCCAGCACGACCGCAAGCACAAGCUGUACACGCCGCCGGUCGCCGUGAAAAGCAAGCUGCAGCUGUGGGUCGAGGCAAAAAUCGAAGCGUUCCGCGCCAAACAGGCCGAGAAAGCGGCCGAGAAGGCCAAGCACAACACCGCGAUCCUCUUUGGCGUCGCGCCCGUGGACGUCAUCGGCAGCAUCUACUUCAGCCCCGAGAAGAUCAAGAUUAUGAUUGGGUUUUUCCAAAUUUUUGGCAAUCUCAAAAAAACGUAUGGGAUCAACUGGAACGCCAACGUUAACUGGGCCAUGUCCACGUCGUCGUCCGUGAACCUCGACCUAAUCUCGAUCGCGGGCCUCGACUGCAUCCUCGCGCGGACUUUCUAUUUUGAUUUUGUGCUCCAACUAAGCAUCGUCGCGUUCCUCCUCGGCACGCUCUUCUACUGCUACAUGCGCGGUAUCAAGGACUACGAAGCCAAACUGUCAUCGAUUCCGCGCAACUGCAUCCAGUGCGGGCACCCGGUCCACGACAAGUUCUCGCGCCAAGUGUACAAGGACAUUCCAAAGUACAUGGAGAAGCGCCACCGGAUGAGCAUCAAGGCCAAACAAAACAUCCACCGACUCAAGUCGAUCGUGCGCCCGCCCAUGGACAAGCUCGCUUCCGACGAACGCCGGCUCAAGCGCGAGCUGGGCAUGUCCCAAGUCAAGACCGACGUCCUCCCGAUCUUCCCGGCCGUGCACAUUACGCGGCCGUGCCCGACCGACGACGUCCUCUCUGGCGCGCUGCUCGACCGUACACUGCGCAGCAACCUCCGCGUGUGGCAGGCGCGCGUCAAGCUCCGCAUGAACUACAACACGUACCGGUCCAAGUGUUUUCAGAAAUUUUUGUGGCUGCUCCUCGUGCUGUACCCGAUGGUGUCGCAAACGAUCCUCAACGUCUUUAACUGCCAAGACGUCGGCGGCGUCUCGUACCUCGUGCUCGAUCGGCGCCUGCAGUGCUACACGCUCACGUGGUCGCUCUACGCGACCAUCGGCUUUGCGUGCGUCGGUGUCUGGGUCGUCGGCGUCCCAGUGCUCUUCUUCCUCGUCGUCUACCGCGUCCGAACGACCAACGUCGAAGCGCGACUGGACAUUCUCAAGCAGCCGCGGUACCGCGACUUGCGCGCCAAGUGGGCCAAGCGCAUGCGCGCGUACUUUGCCAACGAGCGGGGCAUCCAUGUGCGCGAAAACGAGUUUGCAGCCGUCGAGAACGGCUAUCUCCGCGAGUACAUGUACAUGCUCAACCUCGUCGACGAGACCAACGUCCUCAAAGUGGGCUUCAUCUACGCCAACUACAAGCCGCGCUUUUGGUGGUUUGAUGUGCUCGACCUCGUUCGGAAGCUGCUCUUGAGCGGCGUCGUCAUGUUUCUCAAGAACAAACCCGUCGUCAAGUCGAUCUUCAGCAUGUCCAUCAGCGUGGUCCUCAUGGCCGGUCUCCUCUACUACCGCCCGUACAACGAGUGGACCGACAACAUUGUCAACAGCAUGACGCAGUUCCAGAUCAUUUUGACGCUCUGGGUCGGCAUCGUGCUGCUGCUCGUGGCGGAAACCGGCCUCGACCUCAUCAACCAAGACCUCGUCGUCAACGUCAUGCUCGGCGUGAACCUCUGCGGCGUCCUCUUCACCGGCUACAUCAUGUGCCAGCAAGCGAUGACGCGCUCGCGUCAGGAGCUCGCGGUCGCCCGCGCCGAGCGCCAGCGGAAGAUCUCGCACGCGGUCAAGGACCUCUGGCGCAAGGGCUUCAACCACGCUGUGUACGAGGCGCAGCAAGCCCGAAGCUACCCCGCGACGCUCUCGGUGGCGGCAAUGCUGGAGGCUGUGCGACGCGCCAUUGCGACCGCCAAGCACGACGCCGACGAGGUGACCGUGCACAGCAUCAUCGAUGCGCCGCAACCGUAGCCAGCUGUCCCCUUCUUGAUGGAGUCGCAGAUUCAUAAACCUUUGUGUCGACUUUACGCCGCUUGUUACUUAAGCAGUCGGCGCCGGUUGCGCCCACGGAUCAACGGGUGGCGCUUGUAGUACUUGCGGUGGGCCUCGCGGAGGUGGUG